GUUCGAGUGUCGGUGUCACCAGUCCGAUUGGAGGAUACAGAUGCUCUCACAUUGGGAUUGAUUCGUUUAAAGCAGGCUGACCCAGCUGCUAGUGUAGCCCGGAAUCCAGACACAGGAGAACUGCUCGUUGGAUGCUGCGGCGAUGAGCACCUGCAUCGUUGUAUUCAAGACCUCCGUCAGUUGUAUGCCAUUGGGGCUGACUGUCGAGUAUCCGAGCCGAUGGUCGAGCUCCGUGAGACGGUUGCGAUUGACCCGCCGAUCGAUUGGCGCCAGUUCACUGCCGACAGCAGAGAAGGAAUACUGGGUGGACGAUCUGGCAUCAGCUGGCUGAGCGAAUACUCUAGUGUGCUGAAGCCUGAUGGUAAAGGUGAAACGUCGUUCUUUGCAUCUGAUGGCGUGAAGUGUACGAUAUCUGCUACUGCUACGGCAAUGCCAGAGGAUCUCCUUAAGUGGCUCGAUGAGCAUGCUCAACAGGUCCGCAGGGG